AUGGAACGACUUUUAGAGAGAAAGCAACAAUUAGAAGCGGAACUGAAAUGUAUUCAAGAUUCUAUCAAUAGAGCUGAGGAAGUCUAUUUUCAAGAUACUCUUCAUCAUGGAAAUAUCAUCAAAGGAUUUGAAGGUUAUUUGAAAAUGGAGAAGGGAGGCUCAUCAUUCAGCACCAGUAGCAAUAGCAGCUCUUCAUCUCAAAAGAUCAAAUCUUCUUCAUCCUCCUCAUCAGCACUCUCCCAGUUUUUAAAGAACAAUAAGAAUCGAGUCUUUUCUGAGAGUAGUUUUGCAUUUCCGAGACCCUAUCCUUUCACCACUGGUUGUAGUAAUAGUAGUAGUAGUGGCGGUGGUGGUGCUCAGAAGAAUUAUUCAAGAAUUGGUCGAGUGGAAUAUGUAGAUGACGAUUCGCUCAUAUUGGAUCCUGUUCCUGUGAUUGCUCCAUCCCGAAAUCAUCAUUUAGAAGGAAGCAGCAACGCUUUGGUGUCUUCUUCUAGAAAUGAUCACCACAAUGAUGUUAUUCCUACCAUACAAGAAUCUGUUUCUCAUCAUCAUAGGAAAACAAAGAAUACACAUCGGAAUGAAAUUGAACAUGGAAAUAUUUCUACUGGUAGUAGUUCUGCUGCAUUGGGAUCAUCCUCCCUGUCACAAGUAACAAACAUUCCCACAACCAAUUCAAAUGGAGGAGAACAAACGAAGCAACAUGUUGGAAAGUUACAUCCUUCGUUGAAUUACAGAAAACAAUGA